AUGCUCGGCCGGAUGGUAAACUUCGCCAAUAAACCCCGCCCCAACUUCCUCCGCAUCUUCUCCCGAUCCUGUGGCCCCACGUCACAACUCUACCUAGGCGAUAUAGACUACAACCUGCACAAGCAAACCAUCGAAGCUAUAGGCAUAGACAAGACCCUCAAGCGACUCCCUAGCACCGACAUCCACUAUUUCGUCUCAAGCAUCAGCCCAGAUUGGACCCCAUACCCACCCGCACUCACGCCUUCUGCCUCCCCGUGGCCCCCGUCUCCCAGCCUGAUAUAUUUCAACAAGUGCCGCCUGGAAGACGUCUCGCACGUCACCUGCUGCGUCAACCAGGACCACGCCCACAGGCCUAUCGUCGGCAUGAUGCUACAUUACAGCGGCGGGCGCCGCGCAUGCGUGGGCCAGUAUCGCCACGAUUGGGUCGUGCAGCCGCCUCUCGUGAUAACCGAUGCGAAAUCGAUGCCGCUCAUCGUCACCAUGUACCGCGACUGCGACUACGGAGAGCACGUCAGGAAUACCAGGGGCAUCUAUGUAAUGGCUGCGUCUGUUGGCGGAGCGUAUGUCCAGAGCGCCGGUGCCGGAGAGGUGGAGGGUAAAAACGUGUGGAAGACGCUGAGGAUACCGUGGUUUGGGUGGCUCGAAUGGUGGUUUUCGAGUUUUGACCACUGUAACGAUCGUUCGUUUUUCCAUGUAGCCCACGUUGGGUAA